CACCGUUACAAGACUAUAGACUGACAUUGUUGUCUGUAUCAGUGUGGAGAUCUGUCUUAAUAAUAAGUAGGGCCAGGAGUUUUUCCUGAUCAUACGGCCCUGCCCAGGAAAACUUCCUGACCAUAAUGUUUACCUGUGGAGGCAGUUCACCACCUAUAUUUUUGUACUAUCAUAUUUAAACUAUUAUGUUUUGUUAGUAAGUUAUGUUAGGUUAGUGAUCAUGUUAUUGACUUAAUUAUGAAUUUUGUUUGAAAGAGUUUGUAAGUCAUUCUAUUCACACACACUCGCACACACCCCCAGACACACAGCUGUGUUCCUCUAUGCACUUAUAGCCUGUCAUGUUUAUGUUACUGAUGUUACACUGGGGGAACAGGAAUGAUGUUCUCUAUAUGUAAUCUAUACAUGACUCCAUUAACCCAGUUUAUACAUGGCUGGUCUUACAUCACCAAUGACUCCAGUGCCCUGUUUUAUUCUAAAAGUACUUUGUGACAGAGCAUUUUAUGAGUCCAAUUUUCAUGUUCACUACAGUGGCAAGCUUGUGGCAAUACAUAAUUGGUAGCAACCCGACUCUGUUUACCCAGCAUGUUUAGAAUCAACGCCCACGUUGUCUGUCUGAUGUUGAUGACAUGGCUGCAGGUUCCCGUUACUGCGGCCUGCCAGUGUCCUGAGUCAGUGCCUGUUAAUAACUAACCCGUGUUUGUUGGUCAGGGCUCUGCUCACAACCUUUAGUUACGCAUCUCUGCCUCCCAGCACACUUUAUGUAAAGAUAUCCUAUACAGUAACUUAAAGCUACACUCAGCAAUAUGAUAUCAUUAUGCACUGCCGGUCAAAUUUCUUCUUACAGAAACAGCAGCAAUGCAAACUAGGGAGAGACAAUAGUGGCAGUCUUGGUAAAUCUGAAUUCUGUUGUUGUUUAUGUAUGUAUGUUCAGCAGGAAGUUUCCCCAAUAUGUGCGAUGAUAUCCAAUUGCUGAGUCUCCCUUUGAAGGGUCAGAUUUGAAAUUCCUCCAACAUCACAGUGUGUACCAGAGAGACAGAGGGGGCAUCUAAUGAUUGCUGCAGGUGGGCAAAGUGUAGCUAAUUGUCUAUGCGUGACUAAAUGGGUUUAACCUUGGUCAUCUGUGCCACAACAUCGUUAACCAUCUGAGCUAAAGCCUGGGCAUUAGCUAAAGCCUUGAAUAGCUACCGUAAGUCUUCAGUCGCCAGGGAAGCGUACUCAUCACAUGGACAUGGAGUCACCUCUAUGACACAUGAACUCUAAGAAGAGAAGUGAGAUGGUGAUUUAAGUGUACCCAGGGCUGCAGAAUGGAGAUAACGUUUCCUCAGCUUGUAAAGACCAUUUAUAAUUCAGCCUUUGAGGCUGUGCUUUUCCUGAAGAGGCUGGAAGGUGCCGGGAGUGAAUCAGUGACAGAACAGCAAAGAGUAAAGGGAAGAGAAGGAAGAAGAGUAGAGUUGUCAACUUAUUCUGGGAUACCUUUUGAGUGAAGUGGUCUAAAAAAGUUUUGUCUACAGACGUGGAGCAGGAAGGACCCGUACAGAGGAUAUGUUUGGACUAACAGAGGAUCAAACCAGACCGAAUCUCUUUUCCUGCUUGUUAUUGUUGUGCUGAUUGGUGAUUGCAUUUCUAGCUGCCAGCGAAUCACAGGGCUGCCCACGCAGACACAACUGACUGCUCUGGCAGAGAAAGCAUUCUCUGAGGAUUGGCAACCCUAGCUGGGAGUGACAGAAGAACAAAGUGUAAAAAAGAAAUAGAGGAGGGGUAGGAAAAUAGAGAGAGAGAUCGACAAAUCAUGGAGGUUAAGAGACGUCUGAUAAUUGCUGGCAGAGGGAAAGGGUCAGGCCCCGGUCGCUAUGCUCUCCCUCCAACCAUUGGCUACGUCAACCAUGACCUCACCAAGCCCAGUAGCCUCGCCUACACCUUCCACAGACGUAUGAGCAGCAAUAUGGGCUCCGUGGAUUGCAGUCCAGGACCCCAGUACCACAUCGAUACCAAGAUGACCCGGGUUCGGCCGCGUUGGUACCCCUUCUUACUCCAUGCUAGGCAGGGCAAGACGCGUCGGUACCCCUUCUUACUCCGUGCUAGGCAGGGCAAGACGCAUCGGUACCCCUUCUUACUCCAUGCUAGGCAGGGCAAGACACGCCGGUACCCCUUCUUACUCCAUGCUAGGCAGGGCAAGACUCGUCGGUACCCCCACUCUAACCUGCUGGGUUCCCAGGUGCCACACAAGCCGUCCAGUGUCAGCUCCAGCUUGGCGGAGCACAGACAGGUAGGAGCUCCAUCAGAAGACCGGUCCAUGACCCCUGGACCAGGACGCUACAACAGUACUGACCCCAGCGUCUACCUCACAUGACAGCCGUCCUUCUCUAUGCAGAGCCGGACUACCCGGGCCAGCGAUCAGUCUCAGAAGCCUUGGCCAGGGACCCACAGCCCGGAGAAGGUCCUGCUCCACCUCCCCAGACCUCCUGCCUUCUCCCUGGGCAUCACACACUCGGAGUUCAUUACUCCUCUGGUGGUGGUUGUUUCCGACUGAUUUUUAUUGGAGUUUCACACGGAGUUUGUGGAAAUGCUGGAGUCAAUUCUGAGUUAAAUACCACUGUGUUGUUUUAAUGAGCACAUUUAGCACAAUGUUGGAAACUUGCUUUACAAAUAAAGUGUUUUUAUUAUCAUUGUUAAGCCAA